AUGCCGGCGACAGCCCGGACGAGGGCGGCCCCGACGGACACGCCCGACGAAACGUGGCGAAAGCGGAGCCGUCGUGCCGGGCGGGGCGACCGCAGCUGUUUCCAUCGCACGUGCCGGCCUGCUUCCCGGGCCCACGCCGGUGAGGCCUCCCGAUUGGAGGACCUUCGAAUGUGGCCACGACAACAGUCGGGGACCACGAGGGCCGCCGUGAAAGAAGGAAAGCGAUGGCUGCUGCCUUGCUGCUCCCAGGUUGAGGUGGAGGUGGAGGAGUUUGAUCACACUUCACAAGCUCAAGCAAUUUUGUACCUUCAGUUUUGCAGCAACCACAAAGGAGCUUUGAGAGGGAACAAGGUGGGGUAUGCGUUCCAUUACAAGAAGAAGAGUGUCAUCAAGACAGAGGAGGAGGAGGAAAGCUUACUUGGUAAGAUAAGGGGGAGGGGAAGGCGGAGGAGCGUGGCGAAGGCGGGGGGAUCGGGAUGGGUGGAGUUACUGCUGCGGAGCAAGUUCUUCGGGGUGUGCGAGGAGCACAAGGAGACGCGGAAGAGCGAGGAGAACAUCUACUGCGUCGACUGCGGGCGCCGCAUGUGCCCCCACUGUGUCGCUGGGCCUGCUUGCCCCCACCGCGCCCACCGCCUCCUCCAGAUCCGCCGCUACGUCUACCAGGACGUCGUCCGCGUCCACGACAUGCAGAAGCUCCUCGACUGCUCCCGAGUCCAGCCUUACACCGUGAACGGCGCCAAAGUGGUGCUGCUGAAUCCCAGGACGCAAUCAAAGCCGUCCAAGUCGAACGCGGGCGGGUCCGCUUGCCAGCUCUGCCGUCGAUCCAUCUCGGAGCUCAAUCGAUACUGCUCCAUCGCUUGCAUGGCCGACGUGGAAGGAGCCGCGGCGCCCGGGCCCAUCGGAUGCAACCCAUCGGAGCCGUUCCUUCCGACUCUGACGGCAGGGCUCGAGGGGUCGCAGUCCCCGUCGUGCUCGUUCUCGCCUCAGCCGUCCGAUGCGUGCCGAGACGAUUUCCACCCUCGGAUCACCGAGCCCCCCUGUCCGAAGGUCCAUAGAAGGAAAGGACGCCCUCGCCGGGCCCCACUUUUGUGAGCUUCUGCUUUAAUCUUUUUUAGUUCGAUUAAAACGUUGAAUUAUUUGAUAUGCUUAAAAGAAAUAGCACAAGUGACGGCAAUGAGUUAAC